CAAGAGGGGCGGCCCCGCCAGUCUCGCGAGAGCAGCGGGCGCCGCCGUCUCCUAGCAGCGGCCCCGCGAUGGAGGCUGAUACCGACGGGCAACUGCGGCGGGAGGCGGCGGAGUACUACCGAAGCCACCGAGUGCCGCAGCGAAUGGAGGAGGCGCUCAACGCGCUUUUCCCGCUGCGCCCCGCAGACCUCUACGGGGAGUUGGCUAACUACUUCUCUAAAUUUUCAAAAGCUCCAGUCAUAUGCAAACUGGCUGGAAGGAAAGUUCUUGAUGGAGUUGGUCAACCAACAUUAGAAGUGGAAAUAUACUGUACCAUUAAAAACUAUGAGAAGAGGAUUUGUUCUGCUGUAAUUUCUUCUCAUUAUCAAAUACCCGAGAAAGCUUUAUCCGAAAGAACCGAAGCUGAUGAGAAAGAAAGAAAUGACUCCGUUACCACUGCUGUGGAAUGGGUGAAUGAAUCACUAAACACAAUGUUAAGAGACUUGAAGCCUACUGACCAGUGUGAAAUUGAUAAGAUGCUUGGUGAAUACUUUUCAAAAAAGGUAGAAGAAAAAAAAGAAAUUGAAAAGGAGGAAGAAGAAGAAGACAACACUCCUUCCCUCACUUCUUGUGCUCCAUCAGCAGUGGCACUCUCUGGGCAAAAAAAAGAAGCAAAAGCAGGGAAGAAGCCAAGUACAGAGAGAACAAUCCCACCUGCAGAACCCAGUGAAUCAGUGCUCUGUGGCAGCUUAGCCAUUGGGGCAACGUCACUUGCUGUAGCUAGGGCUGGUGCCUCUAUUAAUCGUAUCCCAUUGUACUCACAUAUUGCACUGCUGAAACGUAAUCAGGAUUCACCUAAAGAAAUGACUCUGCCACUUCCAAUGGUUACUCUGUUGAGCUGUGAAAAAUGUUCAGCUGCAAAACUAAAAUUAGUGAAAGAAGUUAUGCUCAUACCACCCAUUCAGUUAUCGCUCAAGCAGGGCAUAGAAAGAGCUCUGGACAUUCAAAAAGAAAUGAUGAGACUGCUGGAGCCUGCAGGGAAAGCGCAGCCGAGUCCCCAACUAGCAGACAGUAAGAAAGGCAGAGCACGUCAGAAAGAGAAGAAAGAUUCGCCACCAGCCUUAAAAAGAGUAUCACACUUAGGUUGCCUAAUAACAGGAUGUGAUAAUCUAGAACAACCUCUACUCCUAAUGCAAACAGCUUGCAACAAUAUAGGUCUGGAGCUGGGAACAGAUAUGUAUCUAGCAAUUAAUUGUGCUGCUCAUGAAUUAAUGGACUACGUUAAAGGAAAAUAUGAAAUACUUACAGGAACAUUCAAAAGUCCUGAUGAAAUGGUCGACGUGUACGUGGAACUGGUUAAUAAAUUUCCUUCUAUUAUUGCCUUGGUAGAUCCCUUAAGGAAAGAGGACAGACAGCAAUGGAAUAACGUGUGCUGUGCCCUUGGCUCCAAAUGUUACCUGAUUGCUGAAGAUGCUGCCACAAAUACUUCCAAAAUUAAAGCAGACCAGAACACAAACAUACCGAUGUGCAGCGGUAUUGUCCUGAAAUAUGUUAAUCAAACCAAGGUAUCAGACCUCGUAGAACUGAGCGGACUUCUAGAUGAAUCGCUGUAUCAAAGUGAGUAAACUGCAACUUAAACAUUUCAUUCAGGCGUGAGGGUAAACUCCUUUUCACAGCGAAGAAAAAUCAUUACUGUAGGAAAAAGCAUGUUUAAAGAAACAGAACAGCCUCCUGGCAUGUACAACACGUUACCAGCCACACCAGCUAGAGGUAAGGAGGAUAGGAUGGCAGAGAUUCCCUUAUCCGUGCUGAAAAUAAAAGCAGUUGUACUGUUAAUGCCGUAACUGUAGCAAACCAGUAGAGUUUACAUUUUUAUGAAAUGAGCUUCAUUUAAUCUUAGCCCAAUGGAAAAAAUGAAUGAAAAACGUAAACAAUUUCUCAGUCGAAUUUAUAAAAUCUAUACUAAUGAAGGUUGUACACCGCCGUUAUAUAUAGGUCAAAGACAUAUUACCAUAUUAGGAAGUCCAGAUGGAGAAUCUUCUGAUGAUAGCCUUGUGGACCUGGUAAGUACUGAAAGCUAUUCAAUUGCAGAAUUGCCAAAACACUGCUUUUAACAUGAAUUAUUUUUAAGGAGAAAGCCUGUUUCUGUGUGAGAAAGAAACAUUUUACAAAAUGGUCUUUUUCUAGAGCUGUUUUUUCCCCCACAGAGAGUUAAUCGUUGAGCCUAAAGAGAAGACGCGGGAAAUUUGCCAAAGCAGGGAGUAUAUUCACGAGGGUACAUGAUCUGUUUGGUUGCAUUAGUUUAUAAAGAAGUGAGUUACUUAAAACAUUUCUGAAUGGUAAUAAUAUUGCAUAUAAAAUUUUUAAGCAGCGAUAUAUUUGGUCUUUUUGUAUUAAAGCUGCCUUUGCAAAUAAAAUUUCACUUUGUAUGCCAGUGAAAA